AUGUUGCUGAUGAUGGCCUGCAGAAAACGCAUAGUGAAGAAUCAGGAUCAGCAGGGGUCAGGGGGGAUUCCUCUGGCCAGGAAACUGUGCUAUGCUGUGGGUGGGGUCCCAUAUCAGAUUACCAACAUAGCUAUGGGUGUCUCCUUACAGAUUUUUCUCCUUGAUGUUGUGCAGAUGGAAGCUUUCUACGUGUCAGUGAUUUUAUUUGUGAGCCGGGUGUGGGAUGCAGUGACCGACCCCCUGGUGGGAUAUCUAGUCAGUCGCAGUAACUGGACACCCGUCGGGAAACUGUCUCCGUGGCUGGCUUUUUCCACACCAUUUGGCGUCCUGUCUUAUCUGCUGCUGUGGUACGUGCCACAAGGCUCCAUGUCUGGGCCUCACAGCGUGUUGUGGUUCCUCACAGUGUCCUGCCUGUUUGAGACCCUCAUGAGUUGUUACAACGUGCCAUACCUCUCGCUGAAUAUGUUCUUGGGGGGAGACCAGAGAGACAGAGACUCUGCCACAGCCUACAGAAUGAGCGUGGAGAUGGUGGCGAUGCUGCUGGCUUCAGUAAUUCAGGGUCAAGUUGUGGCUGUGUACAAUGCAGAAAAGCAGGAGGCCUGUCAACAGCUGGAUCAGGCCGAAGAAGCUCCUCAGAGCACGUCUUCACACACUGCUUCGCUCCAGGAAACGCAAAAGGCUUUCCUGACCUCAGCUUUGGUUAUGGGUGCAUUGUUUUUCCUCUGCAGCCUCAUCAUCUUCUUGGGGGUGAAGGAGCAGCGGGCCCCUCUCUGCUCUACUGAAAAGGCGCGACCAUCCUUUCUGACCUCACUUAAGAUGCUGGUUUGCCAUGUUCCAUAUCAUCGUCUGGUGCUUGGUUUUGUGUUCAGCGCACUUGCGUUUCAGAUGUCCCUGGGCAAUUUUGCACUGUUUUGCAGUCAUGCAGCUGGGCUCGGAGCCCAAUUCCAGCACCUCCUACUGGUUCUUUUGGUUUCUGCUUCAAUAGGAGUUCCUCUAUUGCAAGCCAUUCUUCUGAGAAUAGGAAAAAAGGCAACCGUUUUCAUUGGCCUAUCACUCUUCAUCCCAGCGGUCAUCAUAGUUGCCUGUGUUCCCAGCAACCUGCCAGUGUUCAUCAUCAUGUGCCUUCUGAUGGGAUUCAGUGUGGCGACUAUAUUCUUGCUGCCCUGGUCCAUGCUCCCGGACGUGGUGGACGACUUUGCCUUGAGACAUCCCUCCUGUAAAGACCUGGAGCCACUUUUUUUCUCCUGCUAUGCCUUCUGCAAUAAGCUGGCAGGAGGUCUGUCUGCUGGAAUCUCAACCAUGAUAUUACAGUUUGUGGGCUACAAAGCAGGUGCGUGUAACCAUGGCGAUGGAGUGGUGACUGCUCUGAUCGUGCUAUUCUCACCAGUUCCUAUUGCACUCCUGCUGAUAGGGAUGGUCUUUUUCCGCUUUUACCCAAUCAACGAGAGGCAGCGUUUACAGCUGCAGGAACAAAUUACCACAGCUCACUCCCAAGCUCCAUCAUUAUCAUCGUCAGACCAAAGAGAAAAUGCAGAGCAGUCAUCCAUUCUGCAACCACCCCAUGCUGAUCUGACAGCAGCGGCUCGUGUUGCUUCAGAUAAAUCAAACAGCCCUUCUGGAAAAUACGGCAGGCCCAAAUGGGUUGUCCCGUCAAAUGCAAAUCUUCAGUGUCAUCCACAGAGACAUAGCAGUCCCCAGGAGCGCUCGACAGAACAUAAAAAGAACAGACAUCUCUCCAAAAAUGAUCCUGGCCGUCUCUCCAACAGGUCAAAUGUGAAACCCAGUGUCUCAUGGGUGUAGUGAGAUACCAAACUACAAAUGACUUAGAAUAAAACUGACUGUCAAAUGAUAAAAUUUUUUAAUCAGAUUAAACACAGGGUUGCUGUGGAUUAAUUUCGAUUAA